AUGGCUCCCGACCUCAAUAAACUCCAGGAUGAAGCGGUCAAGUCCAUCGCCAGUGUGAGCACACUUCUCCGUAAUGCCAUUGCUGCUUCAUUGCCCGUCGCGCCCGAACAAUACCUGACGAUUUCCAUUCCUGGGACGGUCAUUGACCUUGAAGAUUAUGACUCAGGCGGCUCCUUCGUCUAUGACAUUCGAAAGCAUGCCGUUGCGCCUACGACAGUCCGACAGUCUGAGGCUCGUCUUGUCGAUGGUAUGAUACCGAUUGCCAACAUCAUGAUCGGAAAUACAGGUAAAAGUGUAGCAAGAAGCUACUCGCGUGCUUUGGACGGUCUGAUCCCUGCCAAAGCGACAAUUAGUAGUGGCAGAGGGGUAAGGAGUCCAGGUCAGAAAGGAUAUGACGAUGCCAUGGCGUUCCUCAAAACGAAGGAGGGCGGGAAGUCCAUCGUGGACAUUUACGUCCAAAAGCAGCUUACGUGGGGCAAAGCUCGCGCUGAAUGGGAUACUGCCAAGAUUGAAGCUCAAAGUAAAGCAGAAAAGCUUUUUCCACCAUCGUCCGGGCCGGACUAUAUGGGUAGACAGAAGAAAUACAUCAAUGACUGGAACCAGGAGAACUUUUUCAAGUACAAGUCGGCAACUCAGGCUGCAUGGAUGGACUGGGUUGUCUCGGGCAGCAAAUAUAAUGUUGACUACAACUUUGGCAUGGUUGCCAUUGAUUCGAUCAUGGCGCGGGUUGAAGCAAGCAAAGAGUCAUUGCGCAACUCCACGAUUCCCGAUGCAGAUGGAGCCAACGAAGUCUAUGGAGUUGCACUCACCCCCGGUCGAUGGGCAACAUAUUGCAAGCGUAAGGCUGAGGGUUGGUAUCAACGUAACGGAAAUUACACACUUGGCCAACUUGACGCCGAGAUCGCUAGACUAUCAUCGUUGCUCGACUCCUACAAUACGACAAACACCAAGAUUACGAAAUCUCCAUCCGAGUAUCCAGUCAAAGGAGCAACGGCGUCUACUACCUUGGAAUUGGAGAAGAAAAAGGCCAAUGUAACCACGGCUACCAAUAAUCUAUACGAUGCACAAGCCGAACUGGCUGACAAGGCAAAGGCGGAGGCGGCCGCGAAAUUAUUGAUCGAUCCCGCCGUAGCCAAGGUCAAAGCAGCUCAAAAGGCGCUUCAAGAUUCCAAAAUUGCUUUAUCGCAGGCGAAUCAGGAAGACAAAGACUACAAAAUGAUGACUUUGUCCGGCACUACGAAGACUGACGUCCAGAAUUGGAUUGGGUCGAAGAUCACAACGAUCAACGCUCAAAUCAAACAGCUCCAGGAUUUGCGCAUUGCCAAAAUCAAGGGUGAGCCUAUCACUGUACCAGUCAUCACCGGUUCGACGGCUCCAAAGGAUGCCGAUGACAAAGAUACCGCCAAUGGUACUACCUUUGCCGGAGAGGGCGAUGAGAUGGCAAAGGCAAGCUUUGGAUUAAACAAACCCCCACCGCCAGCGCCCGGGACAACCGCUGCUGCUGGAGGGACUGGGCAGAGUUCCGAUGAUGCAGACCCCUGGACAACCAUCAAUUUUGCGUUUUCGGCCACGGACCAGAAAACACAUAGUGAGGAUGAUAUGGCUUCUUGCGACGUAAGCGUCUCGUUUUCCGCACUUGUUGUCAACAUUAACCGUCCAUGGCUGUAUGGUGAAUUAUUCCAAGAUGUCGACUUGGAAGUCGCGGAGGGAGUCAAGAUCAGCCCAGGUCCACUAGGACUCCACCGCCUCAUUGCAUCACAAGAUGUCGCUACCAUCGACCAGUACGAUCAAUUCCCAGCGUACCCAACUUCAUUCAUUGUCGCGGCGGAUACUACAAUUGAGUUUAGCGGCAGCACCAAGCAUAUCGAGGAGCACUUCGAUUCGCAUAGCAAUUCAGGAAGUGCAUCGGUUGGAUGGGGUCCGUGGUCGGCAUCUAGCAGUUUUCAUGAGUCAGGCUCAAGCUCGGAUGUUCAGAUGCAUACAACGGCUACUGGUUGCAAGCUCACAUUUGGGUCUCCGCAGGUGAUUGCAUGGGUGAGCCAGAUCUUACCCGCGUUGCCGAGGACGGAGAAUUACAAUCCUCUUACGCAAGGUGCGGGCAAGGCAGUUCCUAAAUAG